CCCUCCUGCAGAUAUAAGCAGUGUACCUGGGGCACUCGGACACACUGAAGUUGAAGAAACAAAGAGCAUUCGGUUAGACUCACAGGUGAGUUCACACAGAUACACAUCAGCAGAUCAUUAAAUACAGCAGAAAUCUGACAAUGUAUGUCAAGUGGAAAUGGGCUGGACAGCUGCUGUCAGUGUUUGCCAUCCUCCACCUGGCUCCUCUGCUGACAAGUUCCAAAGAGCUCAUUCAGCCACUGGACUGCAACGACAUCCACCAACAAGACAGCAGCCGACCCAGCGGCGUGUACACUAUCUACCCUUUUGGAGAAAAGUCUGCAGUCGAGGUGUACUGUGACAUGGACUUAGAGGGAGGAGGCUGGACAGUGUUCCACAAGAGGAUGGAUGGCUCCUUGAACUUCUACAGACCCUGGAAUCACUACAAGAUGGGCUUCGGAAACCCCGAUGGAGAGUAUUGGCUUGGUCUUGACAUCGUCAGUGCCCUGACAUCCCAGCAAAAAUCUGAGCUGCGGGUCGACAUGAGGGAUUUUCUGGGAAAGGAAGUGUUUGCUCGUUACUCUUCAUUCAAGGUUGAUGCUGAAUGUGAUGGAUACAAACUGACUAUUGCUGGAUUCACUAAUGGAGGGGCAGGGGAUGGUCUGACUUACCACAACGGAAUAAAGUUCUCCACCUUUGACAAAGAUCAGGAUGGGUCUUCCAGUAGCUGUGCUCAACUAUACCUGGGGGCAUUUUGGUACAACAACUGUCACCAUGCAAACCCUAAUGGUGUUUAUCGCUGGGGAGCUAUGAGCACUUAUGGUGCAAGUGGAAUGGAGUGGUACCACUGGAAGGGUUGGGGCUACUCCCUGAAGGCCAUGAGCAUGAAGUUUCGUCCCGUGCAGUAAAUCUGCAGGACAAACAUUCAGCAAAAUUUUAGCAACUGCUUUCUGAUGAUUGAUUUCUUUUCUCUCAUUAAUCAUGUAACCUUUCUUUGAGCUUUAUUUUCUUAAAGCUGGGCACAAGGAAAAUCCACCAGUGCAGUACAGCUGACUCAUGUUUUUGAACGAAGCAGUCAAAUAAAAUAAACCAGCAGCAGUUUUUCAUACAUCACCAUAAAUAUGUUGCAAUGACAGACGUGUGUGAAAUCAAACAGCAGUAAUGAAUGAAAUGCAGAGCUCCUGUGGUUACACAUACACAACAACACACAUAUGGCUGCUUUGGUCGAGGCCAUCUCACUCAAGUUGGACUUUAUUAGUUGUAGAAACACCAGGAAGGAGUUCAGCUGCAUUGAGACUGCCUGAGCUGCAUCAGGAAAAUAAAGCCCACCAUCUUUAACUGUAGACAGAGGUCUAAUACCUCAUGUGAAUCAUUAUCUGCUCACAUGCUGACAAUAAAUAAGAAGCAAAGCAAAGA